UGCAGCAGCCGCCGCAGACGCGAGGCAAGUUGGCUCUUGUCGGCAUUUUCGGUUUUUUGUUCUUUCUUGAUUAACCUGUGGUGUAAAAAUAAUGGUAGAUUCGGAAGAAAAUAAGAAUGAGACAGUUGUGAGUAAUAAAAAGGAAGACAAGAGAACUGGAAUAUGCUUAAUCAAACCAGAUUUUAUAAUUGAAGUCAGUGUGAGAACUGAAAAUGAUGGCUCAAAGGAAAAAGAAAAUAGUAAUGAAAAAAGUGAUCCCAGUGAUAAUUCGGAUGGUGAGCCAGCAAAGAAAAAAGCCAGAGGAAACAGGAGGAAAGAUAAGCCUCGUGGACAGAACAAAGGUAGAUCUGUACCUUUCAAGACCUUGCGCGAACACAACUUUUGUCCCUGGUUAGCAGAUUUGACAGCUGAACUAGCAGAUAACAAGUGCAAUUAUGAAAAAUGUGCUUUUAUACACGACAGAAGUGAAUUCUUGAAAAUUAAGCCGGAAGACAUUGGUACCGAGUGUCCUCUUUUUAAACUCACGGGCAAGUGUCCAAGGGGCUUGGCAUGCAGAUUAGGUUCAAAGCAUAUCUCAACUGAUGGUUUCAAUAUCAUUGAUCAUGAUAAAUAUGAAGCUUUUGAGAAGCUUUCACCCCCAGUCAAAAACAAAAUAGAUAAGAUAGUUUUGGAAAAGUUGAAAAAAUAUCAAUACGAUUUUGCUAGAGCUGAGAACAUUGUCACGAAGUAUAACUGGAAGUCUAGCGAGAUAUUUGACAAAUCAGGAGUAAAAAUAAGUCCCAAUAAAAACCAAGAAAAAAUUGGCCCCGUUUUAGAUACCGAUGAAAUAAAAUUAAGGCUCCAGGAGAAAAAAACAAUCGAUUGGAAAGACAAAGUAAUGCUAGCUCCACUUACUACAGUAGGCAAUUUGCCCUUCCGUAGGAUAUGUAAGGAAUUCGGAGCUGACAUAACUUGUGGAGAAAUGGCUCUGGCACCUAAGCUUCUAAAAGGCAUUAGGGAAGAAUGGGCCUUGGUAAAAAGGCACGAAUCUGAGGAUGUUUUUGGUGUUCAAAUCGCUGGUAACAAUCCUGGUGUUCUUGCCAGGUGUUGUCAGGUGUUGAGCGAUGAGACUGAGGUGGAUUUUAUCGAUUUGAAUGUUGGCUGCCCUAUCGAUCUUAUAUACAGACAAGGAGCUGGCUGUGGCUUGUUAAAUAGGACGAGUAUAUUAGAGUCUGCAGUUAAAUCUGCUUCGGAGGUACUGAACAUUCCAUUUACAGUUAAGACAAGGACAGGAGUCUACGCGGACAAGCCAAUAACUCAUAAAUUGAUGCCCAAAUUUAAGGAAUGGGGAGCAGCUAUGAUAAAUAUUCAUGGCAGAUCGCGGGAGCAGAGGUAUACGAAACUUGCCAAUUGGGAUUACAUUGAAAAGUGUGCCAAAGCUGCAGAGCCAAUGCCGGUCUAUGGUACCGGUGACAUUUUGUCUUACGAUGAUUAUCAAAGGAUACGGUCAACGUACAAAACAGUUCAGGGUGUGAGCAUAGGCCGUGGGGCUCUUAUAAAACCCUGGAUAUUCCAGGAAAUAAAAGAACAGAAGCUUAUCGAUAUUUCCUCUUCUGAGAGGUUUGAAAUCCUCAAAAGGUACACGAGGUAUGGUCUAGAACACUGGGGAUCUGAUACUCGUGGAGUUGAGACUACAAGAAGAUUUAUGCUAGAGUGGAUUUCUUUCUUAUACAGGUACGUUCCAGUUGGAAUUCUGGUACAUCCACCUCAGAGGAUGAAUAAUAGGCCACCUUAUUACCGGGGCCGAGACGAGCUGGAAACUCUCAUGGCCAGUUCCAAUUGUGCUGACUGGAUCAAAAUCUCAGAAAUGUUGCUUGGAAAAGUUCCAGAAGGCUUUAAUUUUCUUCCCAAACACAAAGCCAACUCUUGGAAUUGAUGAGCAGAAUUGAUAUCGAU